ACAGCUGGUGAACUACCUCUAUUUGGUCAAGGACUAUAUGUUUGUAAAAAUCUUUCAAACUGUGAGUUUCCAGCAGCUCUUCGGCUCCUCUGGAGGUCCGCUCGGUGUUUCUGGGGAACCGUGCGACCGACUCGCCCCGCAGCCUGUGGCCGGCCGAGGAGUGGAGUGUUCCGGACAGCUGCUGAGCGGUUUUCUGCUCUCUGCCUGGAGGUUUCGGAGUUAGCUCAGCAGCUAAUCCUAAAAGUCGCGUCACCUGCGCGGACUCGUAUUAAAAGUUCGGCCGCAGCGCAGUUUGAACGACAUCCGCGCACUAAACUUUGUCUCGAGUGUUUUUUCGCGGGCUUCGUGUUUUCUGUCGCUUUUCCGCAGCCAUUAAAUCUGCGUUAGUGACGGCGGCAAGUGAAGCGUAGCUGCGGGUUAUAAAUGACGCUGAGACCCGCAGUCGGUCACCGAUAAGCUGUGUUUCUGUCGGAAAUGCGGUAGAGGCGGAACCGCUCCGGUGAUCAGCCCGCUGACUCGGCGGCUCUGGGUUUGCUGCUCGUGAGGCCUGCGGGUCGGGCUUCCACCGGGCUCGAGUAGAGCCCGACGCCGCCGUCGAGGGGUCGGAGGCCGGCAGUCGGCGCUGCCACCGCCGGGCCUGCGGACCAAGGUAUGGAACGGAUGGAAGUGGACCAGUGCGCAGGCGCAGCUGGCGGGGCAGGAGGCGGGGCACUCCGCAGAUCGAACAGCGCCCCCAUGAUCACCAGCGUCAGUGACGGGAUGACGGUCUUCAGUCCGGUGUCGUCGGCUCGAUACCGGCGCAGCAGCGUGUCCAUCAACCCCAGCUGUCCCUCACAGCUGCUGCCGCUCUCGCCGUUCUCACUGACCGCAGACAGACUCGACCAGAAGAGGCAGGAGGAGAACAUGGAGAUGACGCUCCGAGGGAGUCUGCAGAGACUGAGUGCUUCCAGUCUGAUCCCAGUUCCUCCAGUCAGUCAGUGGCACGACCACGCAGCAGUGUGGUUCCAGGCACAGGACAGCGGUGUCACACCCAACUCGUCCCCGAGUCCCACCAGGAGGUUCAGACCGGCCGUCAGCGCCACCGUCAGAUGGCCGGCGUUAACGCCCCUCAAGAGGAAAGGAGGGGUGGAGUCUGACGGACCCCCAAAGAAGCUUUUUGUUGCCGGGGUAACAGAUCCUGCCAACCGCAGCAGCUACACAGUCAGUGUCUCUCAGUCGGCGGCGGACUCUCCACCAGCAGGAGGCGUCAGUCCUCAGUCCAGCCCUCUGUCUCUCUCUCCUCCCCCCUCCUUCACCCCCUUCACCUCCCACCAGCACCCUGGACACUAAAACCCGCCUCAGCGCCCUCCUCGCCCCGCCCAGAGUCCGGACCGGUCACUGUGCGUGCAGACCGACCACCAGCAGCUCCAGAGACAUUAAAAAACAACCUGGAUGAACUUUGACCCCCAUUGCACCUUAUUUCUGUUCCAAUCAUCUGCCAGUGUCACUGGAAGCCCCCCCCCCCCUGCAAUCCACAGGAAGCUUCCCAGCGUCCUCUUCUUCCUGGUUUCCUGCUCUGGAAGCUUCAGACACAAAAUGUUUCUGAAGUUUGUUUGAUAUUAAACGAACUCCGCUCACAAACUGCUCCACCGCUGUUCAGCCGGUCAGACCGCAUAUCUGCUCCCGACCCCCCCCCAAUGAAACGGUUUACAGAGGAUUCACCAUCAGCAUCGACGCAAGAUCACAAAAAACCUUUUUGGGAAACCGAGGACACACUGGUUGUGUCGUCGGACACGAGGCUGGAGUUAAACGCCUGUGCAGACCUACAGGAAAAGGAUUGUGGGUAGAAGCAGGCGCCGAACAUCAAACGCGCAAACUAAAAGAACGAAGCACAAAAACGUCUCAUUCAUCGAGAACGAGACACAGCGAUGUCAGAUCGGUUCUGUGGACGUCGAAUCUGACCAGUCCAUAUGAAGUUCAUCAGUUUCUGAAGAAGUUCUCAUAAAGUCUUGAGUUGUAAUCAGGACUGUGGAUCAGAACCGUCUCUCUGAAGGAAGGAACAUCUGGUUCCACCUUCACUGAUCCAAACAGACAAACUCCCACUCUGUUGUUGUUGGACAUCAAGAAAACAUAUAUUGAUCUGCAGAAAUCAUGUGAUUCCUUUAGACCCGUUCUUGAAGCUGAAGUUGUGAGUGUUCAGGAGGAUCUGCAGAGUAACAUCUGGACUCUGUUGGGGGGGGCGCUGCGGUUGGUCGGAUCUGCAGGAUCAUUGUUAGGAUUAGUUGAAUUUAAUUGAUGCGACCGCAGCUUGCUGAAGGGACUGACUGCUUGUGCAUCGUAUCGGAUUUUAAGACGUUUAGACGUCAGCUGGAGAUUAAAUUUGUCAACAACACAAAUUAUUAAACGUACAACAACCUGAAUGUCCAGUGAAAAAACAAUGUUCAAACCCAAAAACCACAUGAAGGGGAUGUAGCUUUUUGUCAGGUUAAAACUGGUUGUUGAGUUUGUUUUGGAGCCUAAACCAGCUGAAACCUGACAAAGGAGAAAUUCAGCCACUGAACAAAGUUUCAGUCAUUGAAGCCGAAGAUUUUUGUGUUUUAACGAAAAGUGUUAGUCGUCUGUCGCGGCCGGGUCACCCUGACUGAAGCCUUCGGGUUUUACCGGAAGAAACUAGACAGACGUAAAGUUUGCCGUCAGACUUUGGCCGACGGGUUCAGAGCCGGAGGAGAGACUGGUUCUACAUACUGGCUCCCAGUCAGCAGAAGGGUGAAGUUGUGGUCUGUUUGUUAAUAGUGUAUCUAUAUGUGAAUACUGACAGUCUGAGCAGCUGAUACGUGCUCACUUUCCUUCAGCCUGCAGGGUUUGAUUGUACAUAUUGAAUCUGCAGGAAGCGGCUGCGCUCUUCCCUCUUAAAACUUUAUUAUUUCACUUUUUCAUCUCCCAGAUUGUUUUUCUCUCUGGCCGACUUCAACCUUUCCUACUUGAAAUCAGCCGCAUUGUCCUUCAUGAAGGUCUGAUCAUCGUAGGACUGCUCCUGCUUUACUUCCUCUGGUUUUUCUAUUAUACCUUUGUGUCAACAGCUCUCCAUUCUUUCUAUUUGCACUUCAAAGAAUCCCCCUAAGAUUGAUGGUCCGUGGUCAUCCUGGGGCUGGGCAGUACUUCACAAUGAUCAUCUAUCAAACUUCAGUUGAAUCAUAUCGUGGAAGAACUGAUUGUUCGUCUCUAUCCAGUAAAUCAGAAAUGCUGAAAAACAUCUUGUGAUGAUAAGUUGACCCGUAUUGCCCAACCCUCGGUGGUCCUGUACAAAUCUGAAUGUUUUCAGUCCAAAAUCUGUGUCUUUAGGAACAUGAUCAGGUUUCUGGCGUGCACUGGAAACUAUCUGGUGUCCCCGUAGAAAUUCCCAGGGAUAAGUUGCACCAACUGGUCUUUACUAAUCCAGGUUCCUAACUGCAACCUCGGUUUCAGUUGGAUUCAGUCUGUAGACUUUACGUCGGACAAAACUUAAGCUGAGUCUUGACGCUGCUCGGUGUUCAUAUGAAUGUCCAUGCGACUGCAGCCGUAGCAGGGUGGGUUUCUGGGAUACGUUGUUCAUGAUCUCCUGCUGUCUUGCUAAUGUGCAGCUAAUUAUUUGUACUUUACAGCAACGUUCAGGACGUUCAAAGAAAAGGAAAAAGGAAAUGAAUAGAAUGUUGAACCCAGGAUGAACGUUUUGCCCUGAUAGCAACAGGAAUAAGAAGCAGAUUUCUACUUUAUGCCUGCUCCUGGAUCGAUUGAUGGUCGGUCGCAGCGAGGAGGUUUAAGUCUAGACGGUCCAACCGGCGUUAACCGUUCAGGUUACGACCAACUUUAGCUUAAGACCGGUUGGUGCAACCAGCUCCUUCAAAAAUAUGAAUCUAAUAAGUAAAAGCUCACCAGUGUGCAUUUUUUAUGUUGUCUGAAAUUAUUGUAAAGAUUCAAAACGAAUGCACAAACUUCCUGUAGUCAGGCAUGCAUGUAGCCAUAGCACCGGAGGGGUCAGAGGUCAGAGGCGCUGAGGCUUUCAUUAAUGAGUUGCAGUUCUGCUUCCAACUCUUGCACUUGCACAGUAUUGUACAGUUUUGUAUUAUCACUCAUCAUUGUGCCUAAACAUGUCGUCAUAUUCAGGAGGAGCGGCAGUUGAUUUUAAACAUUUUACUUCCCACGCCGACAGGAAGCUCUUUUUAAAGAGCGACCUCGUCUUUUAUAAUCACCUGACCUGUCACCUGUGAGAUAUGUCUGUACAUAGAGUCCCUAUAAGCUGUUUUUAUAUAAGUGUCUUUAUGCCCCCAAAAAACAAUGAGUCAGUGAGUGUGGGUCGCUGCUCCGACUCAUAAAGAAAGCUGAAAGUCUUUUUUAGAUUUGACAUAUUUUCAUUGUCACAACUUUGCACAGUUCUACUUUCGACCAUUUAAGCUCUUUUUCUGUUACGUGAUCAGUAACAUAUCAUCGGGUGAGAAAUGCCGUUAAGUUUUUGCUGCUUUAUUUCUUGACUCGUUACCGUCUGUGAGUUUAUCCUGUUUCCGAGAAAUGAACUCGAAGUCGAGAAUAAUUCCAGAUCAAGUUCGGGCCUGUUGUUGUUUGGAAGAACGUCAACCUUACUUUCAGAAAUAUUACUGUACGCUUUCAACAAAAGAAUGUAACAAGUCUAAAUACAAGCAAACGUACAAGAAUUUAGUAAAAUACAGCGUAAGACUGUAAGACCAAGACCCACAGUUCUGAGGACCCUUAAAUCCAAAAACAUACAAAUAAAAAUGUGUUUCAAUCAGAGGAACUGAUAAAAAAAGACCUAAUAUUUUGAGUCUGAAACUCCAAAGAAUUGUAUUUAUCUUUUUUGUAUCUGCUCAAAAAACUUUACUUUUCCAACCCCAAAAAUCCUCAGUUCCAGGUUUUAGUUUCAAGUUAUUCACUUUAUUUGGAUGGUCGGCCCACAGAUAUCAACGUGGGCUUUAUCUGUAAAUGUUUUACAGAUUAUCUGAAGAGCAAAUGUAAUAACUUCUAUUUGUGAAACAGUUGAAUCUCAACUAAUAAACCUAAUAUGUUACAAGAACUUCCACAAUCAGAUGAACUUUAAAUCAUUUGAGAACAAUGUGUUUUGAAUAAUGGUUUAAUAGUUUGGAGAAGCAGGAUAUUCUCUCAGAGGUAACGCACGCUGCCAAAUUCCCACCGCUGUACAGACAAACUGUAGCUUUAAGACUAUUUUCUGUUUAUUUGGACCGUUGCACACUCACCGUCCCGUACAGUACGAAGAGACGACCAGCUUUUAUGUUGCUGGAUCAAAAUGUGACGUGGAGGUUAACGUUCGCACUCCGGUGCUCGGACACACUUCUGCUUCAAAGAAUGUUUUUAAGCCAAAAAAUUCUUCAUCAGAAUCAGUAGCUGUAAGAUACGAUGUAUUCAUUCAUGUGUUUUGAUCUCAUCCUCCUCGACUUUAUGUGCUUGCUGGAUUUCCUCCUUUGUCUUCUGGUCCUUUAAAGGUCGUGUAAAUGUCGCAGAUUCUUCCCAAACACGUGGAUUUAAGAUGAUAAAACGUUCUGUUUAUUAUAAUGUUUUUUCCCAUGAUGCCAGUGAUACUUUAAUUAGUCCUUGGAAAGGGUUUUUUUAAAUUGACGUUGAGGUUGAGUGCAGAGCGUCGUUCUUUUCUGUUUUCCUGUUUGUCGUCACUCAGAAGUUUGAGGAAGUAAACCAGUCAAUGAUUUUCAGUAUUAAAGCGGUAUUUCACUCUGGCAGAACGCAGCGAUUUCUCAGCACCGAACGGACCCGUAGAUCCCCGAAUCACACCCGGAGAGCUUAAUCAAUCUCAGUCCGAACUCUAGGUCCAGUUCGCAGCUAAACAGGUCGUCACGGAGACCUGUGAUCAUGUGAUCGGUGUCGAUGACAAGUUUUAAAUGUAAUGUUUGAUUGAGUUAUGGCUGAAAGCUCUGGCUACCAAACAGCCGUUCAGUGGAUCAUUUUGUCAAAAUGUUCCAAAGUCAAGACUUAACUUCGUCACAAUCAGAAAACAAAUUAAAAAAGUACUUUUCCACAAACUUUUAUUCAAUUAAAAAAAACAAAAUUAGGUUUCUCUGACGACUUUUCAAACUGUGAGAAGUUUUUUUCUGCUGACUACAAACGUACAUCUGUUUGUUUGUACGGUUUUUAUGCUAAGCUAAGCUAAGCAGCUGCUGUCUUAUUAUCGUCACCAGAAAACAAACUUUUCAUGUUUCAGGCUGUGAACGUUCGAUCGAACAGCAGCGUCUUUAUUUCGAUGAAAACUUCAAGCACUUUAAAUUUAUACGUUUAUGAACCGAAAAACAAUAAAAAUCUUUGUUGUUGUUGAUUUCCCUAAAAAGUGAAACAAGCCGUACGGUGACACUAAAACGCUCUCAAGUGCUGAAAAAUGGCUCCGACGCUCCAGAGUGAGAUCAGACUUUAAAAAGGGCUGCUAGAGUUACUGGAGGUGAUAAAAGGGAACUAAAAGCACAUCUAUGAAACAUUCAUAAGUAUUUUCAAACUGUAAAUAGUUUUAUUUUUUUUCUUUUGGACAAAUUCUCUACAUAAGACAGAUGAGAUGAUGUAUUUUUAUGCAACUGUAAAAUAAAAGUCUAUAUUCAUGUGUUCAUUCCCUCCUGAUGAUCUCGCGGCUGUAAAAAAGACGCAGAAUGAGUUUUUAGUUUUUAGUGGAAACGAUUCAUCUACACACUAUAAAUAUAUAUUAUAUUGUAUAUGAAACUACCAAUAAAAGAAUCUGUAUCAUA